AUGGUGUUAAAGAAAAUAAGGGUGUUAGUGAACAUAGUGAUUGAGUUAAAAAAGAGCUCAUUGGGAGAAGAGAAGAUAGUGGAUGAGACAGAGGGGAUGAUAGAGGAUAUGAGAGCUAAAUCUCGGGGAGUUCACCAAGAGUCGAGUGCUCAGGAGAUUGCGGCUCGCUUGGGUGCUGAAAUUGACCCCCAACCCAGGUCAGAUAAAGUUCAGAUAAUGGGUUAUUCUUCUACAAACAUACACUUUGACUAUGAUGGACAAUAUGCGAAAUCAGGAGAUGAUUAUGAAUGGAUUCCAAGCGAUGGUCGUUUGUAUGGUAUAUCCUUUAAGACAUCAUCAUUGGAUGAGAUCACUUAUUCCUGUUUGAAGGAGAGGAUAUGCAAGAAGAAGAGGAUAGAUCCGUGUUUAAAGAGGAUGAAUCUGAGUUACAUUCCACUGGUAGUAGAACCUAAGAGGCAAUCAUAUAUUUUGGAUGAUGAAGAUGUGUAUGUGUAUCUGACAUCAGUGGAUAAAGAGGGAAGAAGAAGUAUUUUGCAUGUAGAGGUCAUCGAAGAAAUGGAGCAACAAUCAGUAGUUGAGAAAGAAAGCUCAUAUGGUGGGAACUAUAGUGAGCUUGCGAGUGGAUUACCCGAAGUUGAAGCCGGGGAAGGGGGCGUGGACAGUGAGGGCGACGUGGAUAACUCUAUGGGUGUUCGUCCUAGUUCGUACUAUGUUGAGCUCCCACGUGUUGCAAAAGAAAAACCAGUGGUUAAAGAGUGGGAAGAUGGUUUGGGUCUUCAGUUGUUUCAAGAAUUUGAGAGUAAAGAAGCUGUGAAAGAUAUUAUUGAUAGAGCAUCACAAGAGAACUGUUUCGGAAUCAGUAUUUGCAACUCGGACAGGGGUCGAUAUGUGGUAAAAUGUCGGGGAGCAGAUGAAGGUUGUAAAUGGAGUGUGAGAGCAACAAAGAUAGAUAAAUCUGAAGCGUUCUCGAUUAGAACAUACAGGAAUAUGCAUUCAUGCUCUCGCGUAACUUCAAGUACUGGAAAGAAAAGGAAAGUUACACCAAGAUGUGUUGCAGCUAUAGUGCACAAGGAUUAUCCGGGACUAUAUGAGACACCAACAGCGAAAAUCCUGGUCGGUCUGGUGCAAAGGAAACUGGGUGUGGAAGUGUCGUAUACGACAUGUUUGAGAGGAAAAAAACAAGCUGUUGCGGAUAUUCGUGGUGAUCCGGAGAAGGGAUAUAUAAUAUUGCCUGCUUAUUUGUAUAUGUUAGAGAAGGCGAACCCGGAUACAAAAACAAGUUUGGUAGUGGAUAAAAACAACCGGUUCAGAUACCUAUUUGUUGCGUUGGGAGCCUCCAUUGAAGGGUUUGAAUACAUGAGGAAAGUCAUCACUGUGGAUGCAACUUUCCUGAAGACUGUUGAAGGUGGUUGUUUAAUUAUUGCCACGGCUCAGGAUCCAAACCUUCACCAUUAUCCAAUAGCUUUUGCUGUGGUUGAUGGGGAGAAAAACGAAAGCUGGAAGUGGUUUUUCACGACGCUGAAAACUGUUAUACCGGAUUCGACGGAAUUGGUGUUUGUUUCAGACAGAAAUCCAAGUCUGAUAAAAGCUGUUGGUGAAGUGUAUCCGAUGUCUAAACAUGGGUAUUGUAUCUGGCAUCUAUCGCACAAUGUGAAAGCUCAUGUCAAUCAAGGCAGGGACGAGGUUGCACUACAAUUCCGAAAAGUUGCAUGUCUUUAUUCAGAGCAUGAGUUUAAAAAGCAGUAUGACGAUUUUAGGGAGAGGUAUCCAUCGUGUGCUAGGUAUCUUGAUAAAAGUGUCGAAGUCAAACGGUGGGCGAAGUGUCAUUUCCCCGGUGCUAGGUACAACAUAGACACCUCUAAUUGUGCGGAGUCUUUGAAUGCGCUAUUUGAAAAGGCGCGAAGGAUGUCUUUAUUGCCUAUGCUUGAUACAGUUAUUGAUAAAAUGUCUGAGUGGUUCAACAGACAUAGGAAGGAUGCAGCAGAAGGACCGUCAUCUCGAAAAUUGGUUCCUUUGGUGGAGAACAAAUUGCAUAAGAGAACACCGAAAGGUUCAAAACUUUCAGUGACUGUAUUGAACAGUUUUCAGCUUGAAUACAGUGUUAUUGGAGAAGACGGGAAGACUUAUUCUGUGGAUUUGCAACAGAAGACGUGCAGUUGCAGGAAGUUUGAUAUAGAUAAAUACCCAUGUAGACAUGCAAUAAGAGCUAUCAUUAAGUGUUUGCAGCAUGAUAAACCAUUACAGUUGAGUGACAUGUACGAUUUCAUCUCGAAUUAUUACUUCAUUACAACAUGGGCGAAAGCGUAUCGAAGGACUAUAUAUCCAGUCCCUCAUAUAACUCAUUGGCUGGUUCCAAAAGAAGUCGCGGCGGCGAAGUGUCCUCUACCUCCAGACUACAAGAAAAAAAAAAAGACAUCAGGAAAAAAGGCAUCCUUCGGCGGGAGAAAGGUCCUGAAGGAACUGAAGGAGUUGAAGGAAAUGAAGGAACUGAAGGAAAUGAAGGAACUAAAUGAGCUGAAGGAGUUGAAGGAGCUGAAGGAGCUGAAGGAACUGAGGGACCUGAGGGAACUGAAGGAACAGAAGGAACUGAAGUGUUAUAUGAAUGUGAACCUUAGUGAAACCUGA